AUGGCUCGUGGCCAUCAAAAGUUUCAGUCGCAACAGAGGAAUUUGAAGAAACAAGAGGAGCUUAGGAAAUCGAAGGGUAGUGACCAAAAGGCUGCAGCGCAGAAAGCGCUCACACAUAAAUGUGUUGUCUGUAUGGCAUUAAUGCCUGAUGUAAAAACUUAUAAGCAACAUUUCGAGUCUAAACAUCCUAAGGCAGCUCUUCCCGCAGAACUUGUCGAUAUGACUCGCGGGCAUAUGAAGAUGCAGGCGAAAGCCAAGAACCUGAAGAAGCAAGAAGCUUUGAAGAAGUCGAUUGGUCAUGACCAGAAAGGAGCUUGCUUGAAGUCUCUUAUUUACAAAUGUACUGUCUGUAUGUGCCAAAUGAUGGACAAGAGAAGUUAUAAGGAGCAUUUCUUAUCAAAGCAUCCAAAGCAACCAUUACCAGCAGAGUUAGAAGAUGUCGGAACGUCAUCCUCGGCAACAUGA